AUGAUAUGGUUGGCGCUGAUACUGGCUGGUAUCAUCUCUCGUUUAGAAGGAUGCUCACCACGUUACCGAGAGGAAUUGCGAUACCUGGAUCAUUAUCUUGGAAUUCAACCUGCCAAUCGAGGAAAUCUUCCUACAGCAGAAAAUGCUUUGAAUCGAUAUAUAACCAACUCAUCGGAACUAAACUGUCAGUUCAAGAAGGAAUGCGCUUGGAUAAAUGCGCCAGAUGAUGACUUACUAGAUACAUCUGAUUUUUAUUUGUUUGUCAAAACGGAUGCCAAAUCAUUCCCAGUGCAGAUUCAACCAGGGCCGCCUGAUCCGCCAAACGGUUCCUCAUUUUGA